AUGACUAUAUACGUCGGCACUUUGAAGAGGGAUAUCUUGGAGAAUUGGAAAGCGAGCGUCUCAUUUGUGGUGGAGACCCAGCGGGAGGAUGAAGUGCACACCCGGGCCCUAUCGCAGGCCGUUUUGGCCCCUCAGCGCAAGCUCUUCAGUCUGGUGUCCUGGGAGAAGGUUCUGCAGCAGGUCCAUGAGCUGGGCAAUCCCAAGAUCAAGAAAUCCAAGGACGCCCCCCUGUAUUACGAGGUCACAGAAGCAGCAAAGACCCUCCUGGACAGCGGAGAGAACUUACCUCUUCCCCUCAUCGCCAAACUGCUGAAGUUCCAAUUCCUGACCAUCAAACAGAGAGACCUGCAGAGGAGGGAGGCGGAGCAGAAGUCUGCGGAGGACAAACCCAAGCAGAAGGCGGGGAAGGGUGCCAAGGCUAAGCCAUCCAGUGCCAAGCGUUCAGCCAAAGGAAAAGGCAAAGGAAAGGUCCCCGAGACUCCUCCCCCUGUGAAGAAAGAGACCACCCUGAUACGGCGGGGGGAGGAGGAGGACGCCAAAGCUUAUAUAGAUGAUGAGCCAGACGACGGAGUCCAGCACUAUAUCAUCGUACUCGGAGUCUACCAACCACAGAUCCUCGUCCUGCUGGCCAAUCUGGGCGUCCAUGUGUCCAGCGUCAUCAGGGUGUCGUCCCAGAACUACACCAGCCUGCCAGCGGAUCCGGCACAGGAGGAGGCGGAGCCAGAAGCUUUAGAGGCCGAGACAAAGAGGAGAAUGUCUGUCACCAAAUCCCUGGAAGUGUUCUGGAAGUACCUGGAACCAAUCCUGGAAAGUGGGAAGAGCGGAUCACCGUUAUCUCAAAUCGCACGACUGCAACACCUGGUGAAAGAGAACGUCCAACCCACAGACUGGACCAAUACCGAGGAGCAGAUGAAAUAUUCCUCGGCGGUGUUUGAGAGCGUCGCCUGUCUGAUGUACGAUUGCCUGGACUGGAGGAGACAACACCAGCAGUACCUGGAUAAUAUGCAGAUCAUCCGCGUCCCGGCCGUGCAGAAGGAGAAGGCUGCGGAGAGACCGCCCUCCGUGCCAGAGGUUCCGGCUGCAGCGAUACCAUCCAGUCCGACAGGGAAAAGGAAAGGACAAGCGGAUGAGGUUCAUGCGGCAUCCGCGCCGACAACCCCGACACAGCUGGAGGCGGAGAGCCCUGUACUGACGGCGGAUGUGGAUAUGAGAUUCUAUAAUGACCUUCUAUGUGACAUCCCCGAGGAACUCCUGACUGUCCCAGUUAUAAUGUACGGCAUGCUGGAGCAGGUUGUUGCAGCAGAGAUUGAUCUGGUACCGCCAAGUGAGAUGAUACCGGAUCCCCGAGCGGAUGGCCUGGACCCCACCAUCGCUGACCACCUGGUCUCCAUCCUCCAUUCUCUGUCCCUCUCGGAAAAGGAGAAGAAGAAUCUACACAACACCCUCAUUGGACAAGAGCAGGGUGAGAAAACAGCGCCAUCUACAGGACCUCACCUGCUCCACUUCCACGACAAGACCAAGGAGAGGACCUACCAGGUGCAGCUCCCAAACACUCUGAGCCCCAACACAGUGGAGGAAACGAUGCUGAGAAAACUCCCGAUAGCCGAACUCCUCCAGUUCCAGCAACCGACCCCCGAGAUCAACUCCCGAAGGCUGGCGCAGAUCCACGAGCUCAUGCACUACUGUAACACGGAUCCGCCAUCCUGGGACGUCGUGACGCGGGCAUUUAAGCUCCUGACGUUGGAGAGUGUGGCGCUGAGCGGCUUCGAUGAGUUUGGGGAGCUGGAAAGCCCCGGGAAGAUGUUGGGGGGCGGCGGUCACAUUCCCUGGGACGAUCCGGCGGCGUUUGCACGAGAAAUUCACCGAAUAUCCAGCGUCAGGAAGAUGUAUGAGAAGGCGAAUCCUGCGGAGGGAGACGGAGUACAAGAUGUGAAGUCAGCGGAGGCAGCGGAUGGCGGAGGACGGGAGACCCUGCAGACCGACCUCGCCGACAUUCAGAGGACUCGGAGGAGAUGUCUCAGUGAUUGGUGCUACUCAGAGCACUUGGACCCAACGCUCCUCAUCCAGGUCUUGCAGGAAGCGGCGGAGUCCUACAGAUGUAUAGAUUCCUAUUAUCAUACCCAGGACGACUCCUUACUCCUCGUCCUCCACAACCCCAUGAACCCGUACCGCCAGAGCCAGGAAUCCUGGGACAUAGCGCUCCAUUCCAACGUCAGCUUCAGAAACUAUCUGGAGUUGGUGGCCGACUCCAUCUCAAACUGGGUGCAGGAGGAGGAGGUGAAGUAUCGGGAGAGGCUGGAGAGGGAGAUGGAGGCUUUGAAACGGGCUCAGGCUACACCGGACAGCGGAGCCACCUCCAGGGGCGUCUCGCCCGGCAAGAAGAAGGCCAAAAAGUCCUCCUCGCCCAAAAAAUCGAAAAGUCCCAAGGGCAGCAGGUCCAGACCUGGAAGUCAUGAAGAAGUGCCAACCACAGACCCAGCUAACGCCUUCAUCCGGGAGGACUCCCUAAAAGCUUGGAAGAUUGAACAAGAUCGCCUUAUGGAAGAGGAACGUCUAAAACAGGAGAAGAAAAAUGCGAAAGGCCGUAAACCGAGCCCUAAGAAGAAGCCGGCGAGCAGAGAACGCUCCGUCUCCCGGGGUAGUAAAGGGUCUCCCACCAGCCCCAGGAAAGGUGCUAAAGAAAAGAGCCAGAAUGAGGAGGUGAAGACGCCAGAGCCUGGGCCUGACCCCGUUGAAGCUCCACCAGCUCCUCCUGAAAAAAAAUUCAAGUUUAGCGGCUACGACAUGGGAGACAAUAUAAUCCUGGUCUCCGGAGGCUGCCGAUGCCUAUACCCGACAGACGGGGGGCAGAUCCAGGUGGAACACACUCAGUUUGAGAAAGGCUCCACCUUUGUAAAAGUGAAACUACUGAAAGAUGGACACACGUUCCUGGUUCACAUUAUAAACCCGAAGACAAUUACCCCUGAUAAACAAGAUGGCGCUACACCGGCGGACCAGAGUGGAAAGCCCGCCUCCAAGGUGAGAAGCGUCAGUGAAUUUGGAUCAUUCUCCGCCACCCUGCAGAGCGGGAUACAGUUGUCUCUGAGCCACUAUGGCGCCUCCGGGAGAGGAGCAGAGGAGAAGGAUCCAGAGCUGGAGGCCAUGUUGACCUUUCCAUCUGUUCACACUCCCAGCAUCACCCCCACUCCACCUGCCCAUCCUCCUCCGCCCAUCCCCUCUGGCAAGGGACGAAAAUCCCCCCGCAAUAAAUCGCCAAGAGCCGCCCGAGUGAAGACGCCACAGGCCCCAGCCGCGGAGGAGAAACCCCAAACACCAGAGGUGGAGCCUGUUAAGCUUCCGGUGACUCCACCCCCUAAACCUACACCUACUGGCCCCGCCUUCCAGAGCCUGAAUGUCUCCUACCCCAAUGGUCUUCUCCUGGCUUUCCAGAGAGAUGAUGCAGAAGGUGUGACAGCCAAAGAUGUUGCUACAGCUCAACGCCUACUUGUUCGGCUAACUUACCCCGUAAGAGUGAGGAACGCCCAGCUGUACAGAGGGAACAAGAACCCCGAAAUCUCUGAGAUGAGCCGUGUCAUUACACCAGAGGGCGCUGUAGUGAAAUGUAUGCUGGACGGCUCCACAAAGGUUCUGUUUCCUGAUGGAUCUGUGAGCAGAAGUCCAGAUUCAGGUCCCAUCACUGCUCUGUGUCGUCCUGCACCACUCCCUGCAGAAGAGCACAAUGCCCCUGAAGUCGAUUCCCAGUCAGCGCCGCCUUCUGCUGGAUCUACACCCGAAUCCAAGGACCAGAAAUCAGAGUCUGUCCCCGACAACAAAAAAGGGAAAGGUGGGCAAAAGUUGGUGCCGCCAACACCGAAGACAGAGCCACUGGAGGCUCCUCCCCCUGAGCCGCUGCCAGCCACUCCCCCAGUUGCAGCAGUACAGCCCGGAACCUGGAUCACCAUCAUCCCAUCCGGGGAACAAAUAGGAACUCGGGGCUCUGAGAGGCUGGACCUGAGACCUCUGCAGACUUUCAAAGCUACAGACCCUGUGAACGGGACAGUGGUGACGACUCGAGAAGACAAGGUGGUGACGGUGGUGAGCACAGAUGGGACCACGGUUGUGGAACACGCAGACGGGACAAGAAUCACCACCUUCUACCAGAACGUGGACGUCCCUCUCCCUGGAGAACACGAAGAAACCGGGGAGGUACCACAGAACAUCACAAAGAAAGUGAAGUUCAUUCGGGUGGAAAAGUCAGAAUUCGUCACCGUCAUUCUGAACUGUGAAGAACACACCUACUACGCUGUAUCUGGUGAUGGCACCGAGAUCCUGGCAAAGCCGCAGGCAGAAUAUCAGGUGUUUCCACCGAACUCCGGCUCUCUGUCUAUAAACCGCGAGGGACGUGUCCUCUACUCCCCGCGGAUGGGUCCCUCUCUACAGGCUCCCCCCAAAGCUGAGGCUCUCCCCCCAGCCAGUUACAUCCUGUCUCACACACAGAACGUUCUCUGCGAGGUGAUGGACCCAGAAGGGAACCUAUUCCAGGUGAUGGUGGAUGGCAGUACAUCAGUGGUUAUUGCUGGAGGGGAAGCCGGAGAGGAGGAGGAGGAGUCAGAGAAGAUUGAUCGCCCACCAGCUACGUUACCGCAGAUUCAACCGGAGAUGUACGACUUGCAUACACCCAGGUUCUUCAUUAUCAACGCAGAUGGCUCAGGCAGUGAACUUCUUCGGAACCGGGAAGUGGAGAAUUAUCUGGCCUCCUGUUAUUGUGACUUGGCUACAGCUGUCCUGAGAGAGCCCACCCAGGAGGUGCCAGGUGUCCAGACCAUCACAGUCCUUCAGCCGUUCUCACGGACCUCCCCGUGGAUGAUGAAGAAAGAGUUAAACAACAUUGUACCCCCGAACCUCCUCUCCAGAAAGUGGGACACCUUCCCCUCCUCUGAGCGGAAGACUCCCGGGCCUCCACUAGGGAUUGGCGUAUGGAAAGGCCUCCGUAUCGGUGACAGAGAGGUGACAAGAGUUCAGCCACCAAUACUCAAGUGCCCCGAUGUCCUGAGGAUACGUCAGCUCCGUCAGUAUGAACCCAUCAACGCGGAGGUGCGGGAAAGGCUGGAGCUGUCACUGAAGCGGUACAUCGAUAAAGUUCUGAAGCAGGAAAAAGACUUACAGGAACUAAAUAUAAAGGAGCCCAGGACAGAAGAGGAAAAGGGCAAAGCUGCUGAUCUACUCAUGUUGGUCUUGUCACUGCCGGAGUCCCGGGAACCCCCACCGACUCCCAGCCUGGAGCUCAUUCAUGGAGAUAUCACCAGUCUGUAUGAGAACGCUGUGUCUCCUUCACCACCCCCACCCCCGCCGAUGGCCAAACCACAGCGGAGCGUGCAGGACUGGGAUGAACUCAGGCUGGAGAUCCAGGAAAAGGAGGAUAACCUGUCCGCUAUGAGGAACAGAGACAUCCCUCCAUACUUCCAGUCCGAGAUGGCUCAGCAGUUCCUCCAGAACCAGUCUCCAGACAUGGACGCCCUGUCCAACCAACUGCCCCCGUCUUCUACCGCCUGGGAGGAGGAUGAGGAUACGGAGGAGGAGCUGGCGCUCAGUGUCGAGGAGGAGGAGUCAGGCUCUAAACUGGACGGUGAGGAAAGACUGGCGGAGUGCAAGGAUGGAGAACGAGCCGCGGUGCUAAGCACAUCACCAGAUCAGGAGACAGACGGGGUGAACUUUGUCUGGCCAGAGAUGAUCCCGCCUCCGACGUAUCCCCCACCCAGCCGAAACCUGAAUACGGAUGUGACGGGGCGCCCCCGGAGGGAGAAAGUGAGACUACCCGCGUCCAUCCUCAGCGGGAAACCGGCAUCUGUACUGAAUACCAAGUUUGCAGUGGUGGAAGAUCCAGUGAGACGCGCAGUGCGCACUUCCUCCACCUCGCCUUCAAACAGCGCUGCGAAACGCGUCCCGCGAGGAUUCCACCUCACCCCGGCGGUGGCGCUUUUCGGGGUGCUCAGAGAGGGGCACACGUACGCCCUGACAGUGAUAAUGAAGAAUGUCGGAGUAGACUUCUGCAGGUUCCGGGUGAAGUCUCCACCCCCCAGCAGUGGCCUGAGAGUCACCUACACCCCCGGGCCGGUGGCGGCGGGAAUGCAGACCAGGCUGGAAGUAGAAUUGUUUGCUAUGGCCAUCGGAUUGGAAGGUCCGGAGGGGGCCGCUGAAUGUUCACAUUGUAUCGAGAUCCAGAGUGAGGUGGAGACCCUCUUCCUACCGGUCACUGCAACAGUCCUCACAGAGGGCGUGUACGAGAGCCGCAUGGAGGGUGCAGAAAACAGAGAUUUGGGGUCGGGAGUGAAGCUGAUCAGUAGCAGCCUCCAGUCCAGACUGGAACUUCUCAGACCAAGGAAAAUGACAGAAACAGGUCGAUCUUCAGGACUCUGAUUCACAUUUAUUACCACCAUAGAAAUUUCUAAAAUCUAUUUUGCUACCUUGUAAUAUUUAAAUAAAGUUUAAGAAUUA